GUACUGUAGAAAGAACUAAUAGAAGAAGCCUGUUCGCUGAGUCCCCCCUCGCUUCCCCCUGUGCACUAUGCUGGAUUGCCUAGAACUCCAUGGGCGAUUGCUAAGGACUUGUCUCCCUGUGCUGAGUGCCACUGCAAGGGCCAGUCCUGAGGAUUACCAAGUCUAAAGCCAGCUUGCCAAGAGGAAUUAUUUCUUUUUUUGGGAAAUAUUUUUUUUUUUUUCUUGUGUGUGUGCAAAAAAGAAGGGAGCCCAGCGCAGAGUGCUUUGCUGAUGACCAACAUGAAUCUUGCCUUUUGGCUGAUGGGAUUACUGACAAUUCUGCAAGACCUCCUGAAUGUAACGCCGGCGCCAGGACCCAAACUGCACCCAAGGCAAGCUAAGCUUUUGGAGAGGCUGGGUGAAUACGAAGUAGUAACCCCUACGAGAGUGAAUGAAUUUGGCGAAGUCCUCCCUCACUCAAUGCACUUCAAAAGGAAAAAACGCAGCCUCGUCCCCCAGGACGACCCCUGGGCUAACGCCACCACUCAUUACAGACUGUCAGCGUUUGGGCAGAAGUUCUUCUUCAACUUGAGUGCCAAUUCUGGAUUUAUUGCACCCGUUUUAACCGUCAGCCUGUAUGGAAGACCCCAGGGUAACGAGACCGAUGGCUAUCAUCAGGACACCGACUUUGGGCAUUGCUUCUACAAUGGACAUGUCAACAGCAAGACGGAACACAUUGCAGUCAUUAGCCUCUGCUCGGGAAUGCUCGGCACAUUCAAGUCUCAGGAUGGGGACUAUUUUGUGGAGCCUCUACAGUUGGAGAAUGAGAAGGACUAUGAAGAGGAGCACAACAAGCCACAUAUAGUAUAUAGACACAUCACACCUCAGCAAAAUGCAUCAAGGGAAAAAAAGACAUGUGACACCACAGGUCAAAAACAAAGUAGAAUCAAACAGAGGAAAAGGGGAACUCCAAAGGAACAGGAGGGCGUCUUUUCAGAUGGGCAGAACAUGAGAGACGGGCUGUUAGAAGACCAGGCGCCCUCAUUGGAUAAUGCUGAUAAGAUCAAUGGAACACAAACUCUAAGAAGAACAAAGCGUUUUUUGUCCUAUCCUCGUUAUGUUGAAGUGAUGGUGGUUGCUGACAACAGGAUGGUGGAGUAUCAUGGGGCUAAUCUUCAGCAUUAUGUUUUAACACUCAUGUCUAUAGUAGCCUCUAUCUAUAAAGACCCAAGCAUCGGUAAUUUAAUCAAUAUCGCCAUAGUAAAAUUAGCUGUCGUCCAUGAUGAACAGGAGGGUCCAACAAUUUCUUAUAAUGCUCAAACUACAUUAAAAAACUUCUGCAUAUGGCAACAAUCCCAGAACAACCCCGAUGACAGCCAUCACUCACACCACGAUACAGCGGUACUCAUCACAAGACAGGAUAUUUGCAGAGCCCAUGAGAAAUGUGAUACAUUAGGCCUAGCAGAGCUGGGUACAGUAUGUGACCAAUACAGGAGCUGUUCCAUAAGCGAAGACAACGGAUUGAGCACAGCAUUUACCAUAGCACAUGAGCUUGGACACGUAUUUAACAUGCCACAUGAUGAUAGUAAUAAAUGUAAGGAGGAAGGUGGCAAAAAUCAGCAAAAUGUCAUGGCUCCAACCCUCAAUUUUUACACCAACCCCUGGAUGUGGUCAAAGUGCAGCCGAAAGUAUAUAACACAAUUUCUGGACACAGGAUAUGGUGAAUGUCUGCUUGAUGAACCUGUCUCAAGAGCGUACUCUUUACCUCAACAAAUGCCUGGUGUCCUAUACAAUGUCAACAAGCAAUGUGAGUUAAUUUUUGGGCCGGGAUCGCAAGUUUGCCCAUAUAUGCAAAUGCAGUGCCGGAGACUGUGGUGCAUUAAUAUGGAGGGGCCACACAAGGGCUGCCGAACACAGCACACGCCAUGGGCAGACGGGACCGAAUGUGAGACGGGAAAGCAAUGCAGGUAUGGCGUGUGCAUCCCGAAAGAGCGCGAUUCCUCCAUUAUCGAUGGCUCGUGGGGGUCAUGGAGCCCUUUCGGGGCUUGUUCCAGAUCUUGCAGCGGGGGAAUUAAAACCGCCAUCCGGGAGUGCAACAGACCAGAACCAAGAAAUGGUGGCAAAUACUGCGUGGGACGCCGAAUGAAAUUUAAAUCCUGCAACACUGAACCAUGCACUAAGCAAAAGAGGGACUUUCGUGAAGAACAGUGUGCUGACUUUGACGGAAAGCAUUUUAAUAUCAAUGGUCUACCUCCGAACGUUCGCUGGGUGCCAAAGUACAGCGGAAUUCUAAUGAAGGAUCGCUGUAAACUGUUUUGCCGCGUGGCAGGAAGCACAGCCUAUUAUCAGCUCAGGGACAGAGUAACAGAUGGGACAUCAUGUGGACCAGACACAAAUGAUAUCUGUGUGCAAGGACUGUGUCGGCAAGCUGGUUGUGAUCACGUCCUAAACUCAAAAGCCAGAAGAGAUAAGUGUGGAGUUUGUGGUGGAGACAAUUCAUCGUGUAAACCCAUAGAAGGAACGCAUAGUUUAGUACAUUAUGGUUACAAUACUGUGGUGCGUAUUCCAGCCGGUGCUACCAACAUCGAUGUGCGACAGCACAGCUACUCAGGAAAACCAGAAGAUGAUAACUACCUUGCUUUGUCAACCAGCAAUGGAGAAUCCCUUCUCAACGGAAACUUUAUGGUCAUUAUGUUCAAAAAGGAAAUCAAAGUGGGAAACACAAUUAUUGAAUACAGUGGCUCCGAUCACACCAUUGAAAGAAUUAAUUGUACCGAUCGGAUUGACCAAGAGAUUGUCCUUCAGGUAUUAUCGGUCGGCAAUUUAUAUAACCCAGAUGUCCGAUAUAGUUUCAAUAUCCCUAUUGAAGAUAAACCUCAGCUUUUCUACUGGAACCCAUAUGGACCUUGGCAAGCAUGCAGUAAAAUCUGCCAAGGAGAAAGGAAAAGGAAGCCUAUUUGUACCAGGGACUCAGACCAAUUAGUGGUCUCGGACCAAAGAUGUGAUCGCAUUUCUCAGCCUGAGCUGGCAACUGAGCCCUGUAACACUGACUGUGAAUUGAGGUGGCAAGUGGCCAAAAAGAGUGAAUGCAGUGCCCAGUGUGGCCCUGGCUACCGCACACUUGAUUUCUACUGUACCAAAUACAUCAAGUCUGAGGGGAAGAUGGAUAAGGCAGAUGACCGAUUUUGUGGCAGUCUACAGAAGCCCAACACCAAGGAGAAAUGUUAUGAGGAUUGCAACACCGGAGGCUGGAGCUACUCAGCCUGGUCAGAAUGCUCUAAGAGUUGCGGCACAGGUACAAGGAGGAGGAGAGCCGUGUGCGUAAAUUCUUUCCGCGAAGUUCUGGAUGACUCCAAAUGCAACCAUCAGGAAAAGUUAACAGAGCAACGCUGUAGCGAUGUCCAGUGUCCGCAAUGGAAGACAGGUGACUGGUCUGAUUGCCUUGUGACUUGUGGGAAGGGACAUAAACACAGACAGACGUGGUGUCAAUUCGGCGAAACGCGAGUAAAUGAUAGAGACUGCAAUCCAGAGACAAAGCCGAUUUCAGUCCAAAGUUGCCAGCAACAAGAAUGUGCAUCAUGGCAAGUUGGCCCAUGGGGACAGUGCACGGCGGCGUGUGGCGCAGGUUAUCAGAUGAGAGCUGUGAAAUGCGUUGUGGGUGCUUAUGGGGCUGUGGUGGAUGACAGCGAAUGCAAUGCAGCCACUCGACCUACUGAUACCCAGGACUGUGAAACAGCGGCGUGCCCAGGCGUUCCUGAAACCAAGCAGAUUGUCCACAGCAAGACACAGUGGAGAUUUGGAUCGUGGACACCUUGCUCAGCAACUUGUGGAAAGGGGACUAGAAUGAGGUAUGUCAGUUGCCGUGAUGAUCAAGGAUCAGUAGCAGAUGAAUCCGCCUGUUCACACCUCCCGAAGCCAUCCGCCACUGAAGUAUGUACAGUGACCCCUUGCGGACAAUGGAAAGCAAUGGAGUGGAGUUCCUGCUCUGUGAGUUGUGGACAGGGGAAGGCAAUGCGCCAAGUUGUCUGCGUGGAUUUCCUUGGUCUAACAGUUGAACAAAACGAAUGUGACCCUGAGGACAUUCCAUCGUCUGAACAGGAGUGCUCUAUGUCCCCUUGCCACUAUGUCAACAAUGACUAUGGGAGACCCAUUCAUUAUCUUCCAAAUGUGGACCAGAGAGUACGAUCUAACCCAACCCUGGCCAUUCUCAACAGGAACAGUGGCCGUUCUAUAGGGUCUGGUGGAAAUCAAUGGAGAAUUGGACCAUGGGGAUCGUGUUCUAGCACGUGUGCUGGGGGCUUUCAGCUCCGCGUUGUGGUGUGCCAAGAUGAGAAUGGGUAUCCAGCGGGCAACUGUGAAGAAAGAAGCAAACCAGCCGAACAACGGCCGUGUGAAUCAGGACCUUGCCCACAAUGGGCUUUUGGCAACUGGGGGGAGUGUUCCAAAAAAUGUGGAGCCGGCACAAGGACAAGACUGGUGGUGUGUCAGAGACCCAACGGUGAAAGAUUUAAUGACCUCAGUUGCGAAGUCCUCGAUAAACCUCCAGACCGGGAACAGUGUAACACUCACAGCUGUCCUCCAGAUUCUGCGUGGAAUACAGGUCCUUGGAGCUCGUGUUCUCUAUCCUGUGGAAGAGGCGUUAAGACCAGAGCCACCUACUGUGUGGCCAAAGAUGGAACCAACAUUGAACACGAAUACUGUAAGCACCUUGCAAAGCCAAACACGCGGAAGAAGUGCAGAGGGGGGCGAUGUCCGAAAUGGAAGGCCGGAGAGUGGGGAAAGUGCUCAGUAACAUGUGGAAGAGGCGUGCAGCAGAGGACUGUCCACUGCCAAGUCGCUACUCAGAAACCGUCCAGAGAAUCCGAGUGUAAUCAGUCUACGAGACCCGUGUCAGAGCAGCCUUGCCAAGCGGCCGAUUGUCCAGUUUACACUUGGAAAGCAGAAGACUGGCAAGACUGCAGCAAGACUUGUGAUGGAGGAUUCCGCUACCGCCUGGUGUACUGCGUCAAUGAACAGAAGAAGGAAGUCCCACCAUUGCACUGUGAGGAGAACAAGCGCCAGUCCGAUGUGGAGACUUGCAAUGUACAGUCCUGUGAAUACAUCUGGGUUACUGGGGAGUGGUCUGAGUGCUCGGUGACAUGCGGGAUGGGCUAUCGGCAAAGGCUGGUGUCAUGCAGUGAAGUGUACUCAGGAAAGGACCAUUAUGAGUAUGGCUACCAAAGUUCAGCCAACUGCCCUGGAACCCAACCACUCAAUGUACAAAGCUGCUUCCUGGGAGAGUGUCCUGUGCUUGCUUCAUGGAGAGUUGGCAACUGGGGGAAGUGUUCUGUUACCUGUGGAGCUGGUGUCAUGCAGCGCUCUGUGCAAUGUCUAACGAAUGAUGACGUCCCUAGCAGUAUGUGCUCCAUGAAUAUGAAACCGGAGGAGAAGCAGCCAUGCUACAAUCCUCAUGACUGUGAUUUACCGCACAAUUGUCAAGAUGUUAAAAGGCGCAGAGGUGUUAGUGAAGAUGGCGAGCAUUACAUUACGGUGGAGGAAAAAAUAAUAAAGGUUUAUUGUUCCGGGAUGCAGUCAGAGAAUCCGAAAGAGUACGUGACGCUCGUGAGUGAUGAGGCAGAAAAUUUCUCCGAGGUAUUUGGCUACAGACUACAGAAUCCCACAGAAUGUCCAUACAAUGGGAGCAGGAGAGAAGACUGUCAAUGCAGGAAAGACUACACAGCAUCUGGCUUGUCCACCUUCAGUAAAGCGAGACUGGAUCUGACCACUUUACAGAUUAUAACCACAGAUCUUCAGUUUGCCCGUACCAUUGAUGGACGUCCUGUCCCCUUUGCCACAGCUGGGGACUGUUACAGUGCAGCCAAAUGCCCUCAGGGUCGCUUUAGCAUCAACCUUCAAGGAACAGGACUCUCUGUAUCUGAAACCACCAAAUGGAUGUCACAAGGAAAUUAUGCAGUGACUGAAAUAACUAAAUCUCCAGAUGGAACCAAAGUGACGGGAAAAUGUGGUGGCUAUUGUGGCAAGUGUAUUCCGUCCUCUGCAACCGGCCUCCAUGUUCAACUAUUAUAGUACUGGUGCUUUAAAGAAGAAAGUUCAGAUGGAUUAAGACAUGUGUUGCAAUACCUCUUCGUUCAGUGUUUGUAUAUGUGUAAAUAGCUUGGAUAUCAAGUGGUGUAUAGUGUAAUAUUUAUGUCUGACUUUAUUUAUUUUAAUAUUUGUGGGGCGUAGAAAAAAAAUGUGUCUUUCAAGCCCUCCUCUGCAAGAUGCGCAUCCAGCCGAACAUGACCGGAGCCAUCACCAGUGAAGUGGUUUUGGCUGCUUUUUUUUUUUAUGUGUCUCUGUUCCACUUUGCAGUCCGUCCACUGCAUUGUACAUGCUCUACAUCAUAUGUAGCAUACUGACAUGCCUGAUGUUCUGUUAUAACAGUUUUGUAUGGUUUAUCAUCCGUCUGUGAUCUAGCAGUUCUUCCUGGCUUAUCAGCCUCUGGUGCUUUGCAAGAGUUAUGAGGGUUUAUUUGGCAUUUUUCUGUAGAAUGUUUAUUUCUAAAUGAAAAAAAUUCAUAAGUCCUGGCCGGGUCCCAUAUGUCAGGCCACCAAAGAGCUAAAGAAUUUACAACUGGCACCAAACUUUUUUGAGCUUUUGCUGUUGUCAAUGGCAGAUCAUGUUGUCCGAUUCUCUUGGCUCCAAGUUGAGCCAUCCAACCUGCAUAAUUAAUCCUUAGAACUUGUGCCAGGACACGAUCUGCAUGGAACUUGCAUGUUCUUCCUGUGCUUCCAUGGAUUUCCCCCAGUAACAUGCUAGAAGGUUACCGUAUAUACCCGAGUUUUUCAGCACAUUUGUUUUGUGCUGAAAAUGCCCCCCUCGGCUUAUAGUCGAGUCACCUUUU